UAGCGGGGUCUUGCACUUGGAAAAAAUGUGCACACAUUGCUAUUAUCGCCUUAUAUACCACCAAAAAGACAUACUCCACCGCCCCCAUUGACGCAUGCAUGCUUUCUUACGCACCAACUCUUCAUACCAUUCUAUCUCCUAUCCUUUUCUCUUCUUCUCUCCCCUAUUUUCUUCUUAACUAGUUCCCCCCCAUGCCCUGAAUUCACCCCAAUCCAUAAAAAUAUCACGCCCCAUAUUCUUGUUUUCCCCGCAAAGUUUUGAACAGUAUAGCUUUUCAUUUUUCCUUGCAUAUAUAUAGCCUAUUGAAAUUGAGCAUAUAUAUUACAUUGUAUGCAAAGAUGAAAGAAAUUGUAUCAAAAUCAUCUUUCACAAUAUCCAAAUGCAUCUUUUUCGGUGUCCUCAUAUCAAUACCUCUCCUCCUUUUUCUCUCUCAUCGGAAUUCUUUCUCCGCUCUCAUCUCCACAACAUCAAACUCUGGUUCAGAUCUCAAUAUCCGAUCCGGAUACGCUACCUACGAUUCCUACAUCCAGAAACAGCUCAACAAGACCCUCAAUCCGAAACUACGAAAAAUAUGGACAACUCGUGACUGGGACCGGAAAAUUCAAGUUUUUUCAAAAUUCUUCGGCCAGCUUAAAACUAGGAGUCUUCUUUCAGAUUCAUCGAAAGUGCUCUGCAUUGGUGCCCGAAUGGGUCAAGAAGUUGAAGCACUGAAACGGGUCGGAGUAUCCGAUUCAAUCGGAAUGGAUCUUGUACCGUACCCGCCGUUGGUGGUGAAGGGCGAUUUUCAUAAUCAGCCAUUUGAAGAUGAGACGUUUGAUUUGGAAUUUUCUAAUGUUUUUGACCACGCGCUUUACCCGGAGAAAUUUGUGUCGGAGAUCGAACGGACGUUGAAGCCCGGCGGGGUUUGUGUUUUGCACGUGGCGUUAUCUAGGCGGUCGGAUAAGUAUUCGGCGAACGAUUUGUAUAGUGUUGAGCCGUUGAAGAAACUGUUUAAGCGGUCCGAGUUGGUUCAUACUCGAACCGUUGAUGGAUUCGGUUUGGAUACCGAAGUUGUUUUCAGGAAAAAGAGUUGAUCGAACCGGUUCGGAUAUUUUUUUUGUUUUUUUUUUUCUUCUUUUUUUCCAGGUUGGUGUAAUGCUGGACAUUAAAUUCUUUUUGGAGUUUAGUAGUUGUAGGACAAUAUAACUUUUAUUCUUUGAAGAACAAGUUGGGGAUCCUUUUCUCUGUCUGUGGCUGACUUUUUGGUUAUUGCUAUGUGCCUUUAUCAUUAUUACAUUUUUUUUUUUUUAAACAAAGAGAAA